GUGGCUGGGGAAUCCUGCAGGCACGGGAAUCGACACCAGGAACAGAGCUGUAUGUGUUGUCAUCACCAUGUGUUGGUGGAUGAUGGGACUCUUCCUGGCAACUGUAUUGUAUGGGCGCUACUUCUACAGCAGACACGUGAUCCAUCGUUACCUGGAGCACGCCAUGAGCAAUGAAAUGGGAGACAUCGAAGGGUUUUACAUGAAAUCCCCAGACUCCUGUCUGUGGGUCGCAGUGCUGGAGGACAAAGUGGUGGGUAUUGUAGCAGCAGUCGUCCAGCAGAAGCCAGGAGGUGUUGUUGAGUUGCAGCGGAUGUCUGUUGGCCGGAGCUGGCAGCGGCGUGGAGUCGGCAUGGUGCUGGGACGAAAGGUUGUGGAGUUUGCUGUCACUCAUAGAUAUUCCUCUGUUGUCCUGGGAACCACAGCGUACAAGCCCGCGGCCCACCUGUUAUACCAGCGCCUGGGCUUCCCGGUGUGACGUAACCGUUAGUGAACCCCACACAGUGUGCGAGAUUGGAUUUACUGUAAAAAAAAUUCUACAGGGUCCAUCAUCAUUACUACAAACUCGACUGUAUAAAAAAUAGCAAGAUCACUGAAAAUGGACAGCACGGACUUAGUGGGAGUGCAGACAACUGAAAAAUGAAUUAACUUCAUCAUAAAAAUGACGUCUGUUAUCUGCUUAUCUUAAUCUUAAAGCACCACUUAACUUGUUUGGGCAGAGUUUAGCAUGGCUGACUUUGACUACAGACAGUUGUUUAUUGUGAUGGUCUCUGCUCUGCCUCUCACCCCUCCUUGUGUUUCUCGUUGGUCCCCCGUUUGUCCUGUCUGUCUGUGUGUGUGUGUGGCUCAUCAUUCCCUCCUUCUGCCAAAUGUGCACACAUGCAACUCAUCCAUUCAUCAAGCGCCAACAGUUUACAAACCCCAGCACUUCGCUCCAGUUUUCGGCAGAUUUAUCAGUGAUUUAUCAGUGAUUUAUCAGUGAUUUAUCAGUCCUCACACGUGGUACUAAUACUACGGCCAAACUAGGUUCCCAGCUAUUGUUUGUAACUUCAUUUAACUUGUGUUUACCUAAGCCGCGUCAGGCUCACUGCCCCUCUCCAGAUCCCCUGUGGCCUGCCUUAACAACCCAAUCUGCUAUUAGCCGGCCUCCCUGUUCUCCCUGCCUGCUCAACACCUCGCCAGCCUGCCACUCGGCUCACAUGGCCUGUCCAGCCCUCAUUUGACGCUUACCCAGACCAACAUUAUUUCAGCCCCUGGUACUUUUCAAUAAACUGUGAACUACUCCUGCUCAGUCUGUAUUCUGCUCUUGGGUCCAGUGGCAAAUCAGACAAGGCUCGAUAUAAUAUAUCAUAUCAUAUGUCAAAAGAUGUCAAAUUGUUGAUACUGGUGUAGUACCAGUACUGGUGUGGCACCAGUAUCAGCAAUGUGACAUUCUGAUGUAGCAUCAGAGCACAAACAUAGGAGCCAGGUGAGGAAACAAACCUAUAUGAGUUGUUGGACUUUUCAUUUGAGAUGCUAUGUAAUGAAAAUACAAUGUCUGCGUAAGAAGCGAUACAUUUUAUUUCAGUACCUUUUUUUAAAUUGUAAUUUAGUUUUGAUUCCAUUUUAAAUGCCUUAAUAUUAACCUAUAUUCAGAAUAUAAUAACUAUAUAUAUAUUUAUAUUGCAUGUCUAUGACCGCACUGGCUGGUAUUAACGGGGUAGUUCAGCACUGAUUGUCUCUGAUGCUAUAAAUGCCUUAUAUAACAAAUUAAAUACAAUACAAACGUUUCCAUAGUAACGUACUCAUUGUGAUGAGUAACCUUAAAAUUGGUCCAGUGCCCUUUUUUAAAUAAGUGAACAAUAUGAAAAUUAAUAUCUCAUUUGCACGACUUUCCUCAUAUUCAUAAAGUCCUGCAGGCUUUCUAUUUGAAGGUUUUACUCUAUUUACUCAGUAACAUUCAAAUGAACCACAUAACCGUUAUCUCUGAGUGAAUAAUGCUUUGUCUAUACUCCAUGGAGAGUUCAUCUCUGUGUAUUCAUGACUCUGUCUGAGGCUCUUUCUUAGAUAUCAACUGAUCUUAAAAACACAACUGCUCGUAUGAGAUAAUAGAUGGGUGUAGCAGUUGACCCCAGCUCUGUCAACUCCAUUCUUCUUCUAAGCUUCUCUUCAGUUGACUUACUCAGCACCAAGAUCCUCAGCAGCUGGGGAAAGAUGCUAUUUUUUUAUGGUACCAUAGCUUGUAUUAUACCCUCCCAAGUCUGUAUGAAGGUACACAAAUGACCAUAAACACUAGAAUUGAACAUUUCUGCAACAUUAUACUUGCACCCUAUCAGUUACUAUAACUGGCAUUCAACCAUUCAGUUCAGCUCAAUUUAUUUUAAAUAUUUUGACCCACGGCAGAGCCAUUGCCUACAGCUAGAUAUAGAAUUGCAUGAAUAUGCAAAUGAGCACACAGUGAGACGGACUGACUGUCUUUAGGUCUGCUCAGAUGCAAGUUAAAAUAGUUUGAAGUUAGUUGCUGGUAUAAUUUUUAUUUUGAUAUUGCUUAAAAUAAAACGUUUUUCAAUGCUUGAAGUGUUAGAGUCCUUUGUUACAAAGAAACUAGGACUAUGUAACUUGCCUACUGAAAGUGCCUGGAACACUUCUGUGAUUCCCUAAUAUGGCCAUUUGGGUGCAAAAACGUCCAUGGUCUAUGCAG